AUGACAACCAGAAAUCGACAACGCAGAAAAUUCAAAACAUCUGAAGAUGUGAUGGCGAGAGAGCCUGAUUUCGAUAUGCAGAGUAUUGGAGGGCCUCAUGUUCCUAUGUCGUAUUAUCCUUAUGACAAGGACAGUGACGAAGAAUAUCUAGUAGAACCAUCAAAUGUUGAUCCGAAUGCAAGUUGGUUCAAAAGGACCCGAGAAUCACUUAGAGGAGAUAUAUCUUCUAUUCUCCUACUUCUUUUCCUCUACCUCUUGCAGGGUGUUCCACUUGGUUUAAUUAGUGCUAUUCCUCUUUUAUUACAAGGCAAAAAUGUUUCAUAUACUCAACAAGCUAUAUUUUCUUUUGCUUAUUGGCCCUUUAGUUUGAAAUUACUAUGGGCGCCCAUCGUCGACUCUGUUUUCUGGAAAAAAAUCGGAAGGAGAAAGUCGUGGAUGGUUCCUUGUCAAUAUUUGAUUGGUGUUUUUAUGCUCUUGAUGUCAUAUAAGGUUCCCUACAUCAUGGGAGAGGAACAAGGAGUAACCGCACCCAAUGCCUUACUUCUUAUGUUCAUUUUCUUACCUCUUAACUUUUUGGCCGCGACCCAGGAUAUCGCUGUUGAUGGAUGGGCUCUGACAAUUCUUUCCAGAAAAAACGUCGGAUAUGCUUCUACAUGUAAUGCUGUCGGUCAAACAGCAGGAUAUUUCUUGGGAAAUGUAGUUUUUCUGGCUCUCGAGUCGGCAGAUUUUGCUAACACUUUCAUCCGAUCCUCGGACAAUCAGCAAGACUAUGGAAUUGUGGAUCUAGCAAGUUAUGUCUUCUUCUGGGGUUUGGUGUUCAUCGUCUCCACUACCUUGGUUCUCAUUUUCAAGAAAGAAGUUGACAACUCUGUCUCUGAAUCCGAAAAAGCCAUUGAUGAAGAUGGAGAACUCCAUCUCGGCAUUGGAGAAACUUACUUGGUUUUAUUGAAGAUUCUCCUGCUGAAGCCGAUGAUGACUAUGGUCUUCAUUCUGCUCACAGGAAAGAUAGCAUUUGCUGCCACUGAUGGUAUAACAAGUCUUAAACUCAUCGGAAUGGGUAUUCCUAAGGAUAGAUUGGCUAGUUUCGGACUGUUCUUGACUCCCAUGCAGAUUCUUCUACCUUGGUUGAUAGGUAAAUGGACAUCAGGUCCGAGACCAUUGAAUAUCUUCCUUUGGGCGUAUCCUUAUCGACUGUUUGUUGGUGUUAUCUAUGCCGCACUCGUUUGGGUUACCCCAAGUUUUAAAGCUGAUGAUGGAAAGUUCAGUUACAUGGUGUACAUAGUCUGGAUUCUAGCUUAUAUCUUCCAUCAAGUGGCUACGUAUUCUAUGUUUGUAUCAAUGAUGGCUUUCAACGCUCAAGUUUCGGAUCCAAGAAUAGGUGGAACAUACAUGACACUACUGAAUACUCUGAAUAACUUGGGUGGAAAUUGGCCUGUUACAUUAAUUCUUUAUGUAACUGAUUGGUUCAAUUUCAAACAAUGUGUUGUUAAAGGAGCAACCAAAGCAGCAUCUCAAGUUUUAUAUUCAUGUAAUACUGCGGCACUUGCUGAACAGUGUGCCGCUGGAGGCGAUGUUUGUGAAACUUCUAUCGAUGGGUACUAUGUAGCAGUUGGGUUAUGUACUGUUCUGGGUAUUAUCUGGUGUAAUAUAUUCUUCCGUAAAAUCAAACAUAUCCAAAGAAUACCUAGACGUGAUUGGCGUGUCAUAGGAAAGAAAUAA